AUGGGAAAACUUGUUAAUGGUAUUCACAUAAUAGCCCCCUCUUUUAGCCAACCGUUCCAGAAAACGUAUACACUGGUCUUAAUACACCUGUCUAAUUGUCAAUCCUCUCGUGUUGAACAUUUGAAAUGAUUCUCGUCAUCGCUUUUGUGUUCGUUUUUCUAUCCUUUCUAUGCUCUGCUACAUAUGUCAAUACAUCUAAGCCUAUCUGCCCGCAAAGUUUCAGUUGCCAAGAUUUUGGUCCGUUCAACUACCCUUUUUACAAUACUAAUGAUACUCGAUGCGGUUUGAUCAAGGUUAACUGUAGUUCGAGUAAUCAGAGUAUUGAAUUAGGAGGACACUCAUAUGAGAUCACUGGCAAAGAUUUUCGUGGUCCUUCUGUCAUCAUCCAAAACAGCACAUUUCAAAAACUUUUAGAAACAAAAAACUGUGAGGCUCUUAUGAAUAAUUUCACUUCUCCAACUCCUCACUUGUUUUCCAUUUUAACCAGACCUCUCAUGACCAUCUUCAAAUGCCCAAAAGAUCUUGAUUAUGUUGCAAAAAAUGGCCAACCAGAUUAUAAUAGCUACAACAGAUGCAAACAUCACAAUUUCUACUACGACCAUCUCAUCAGCCAUACACCAGUUCCAAGUGAUCUCCCAAACGGUUGUGAGGUAAUACAGCUGCCAAGGGGAGUUGAUGGCCCUGCACCUAAUUACACCGAUAUAUUUUCUCUUCUCACUUCAAAGUUUUCAAUUCAAUUCUUGUCACCUUCUUGUUACGAGUGUCGCAAAAAAGGCCAUUGCCAUCAUCCAAACUUUGAGGAUUUUGAGUGUUCAUAUGACAAAAAAGAAAAAAAACUGAUACUGAUCCUAGCUCUCACUGGAUCUGCCAUCAUCCUAGUGUUCUUUACUGCCAUGUUCACAAUCAAGAAGAGUCUUUUUCCGUAUCUUCUAUCAAAGGAUAAAUCUCCAAACCGUGAAGAUGGAAGUUUCUUCUUUGGCGUUUCUGUUUUCUCCUACAUGGAGCUUGAAGACGCCACCAAAAAUUUCGACCCUUCUCAUGAACUAGGAGAUGGUGGUUAUGGAGCUGUUUAUUAUGGUAAACUGCAAGACGGGCGAGAGGUUGCGGUGAAGAGACUUUAUGACAACAACUACAAACGAGUCCAACAUUUCAUAAAUGAGGUUGAAAUCCUCACCAAAUUACGGCAUCCACACUUGGUCUUGCUUUAUGGUUGCACCUCUCGACACAGCCGAGAGCUUCUACUUGUUUAUGAGUACAUUCCCAACGGCACCGUUGCUGAUCACCUCCAUGGGGAACAAGCAAAUCCAGGACUGCUAACAUGGCCAAUUCGUAUGAAAAUUGCCAUUGAAACCGCCAGUGCACUAGCGUAUCUCCAUGCCUCUGAAAUCAUACACCGCGAUGUAAAGACAAACAACAUUCUUCUUGAUCACAACUUUUGUGUCAAGGUAGCCGACUUUGGUCUCUCAAGGCUCAUUCCGAAUAAUGUCACUCAUGUGUCAACAGCUCCUCAGGGAACUCCAGGAUACUUGGAUCCCCAAUAUCACCAACGUUACCAAUUAACAGAUAAGAGUGACGUUUACAGCUUUGGAGUUGUCCUGAUCGAACUAAUAUCAUCAAUGGCGCCUGUCGAUUUAAACAGGUCCCAAGACGAUAUUAGUUUGGCUAACCUUGCUUUAAACAGGAUCAAAAGAUCUGCAAUUGAUCAAUUAAUCGACCCGGUAUUAGGAUUCGAUUCGAAUCCUGAAAUCAAGAACAUGAUUACAUCAGUAGCAGAGUUGGCUUUUCGAUGCUUACAAUACCAUUCUGAGAUGAGGCCUACGAUGCACGAGGUGUUGGAUGUGUUGAUGGAAAUUCAAGCGGAGAGAAGAAUAGAUGUUCGUGACAAUAUCAAAGAUUUGGAAACACUGAAUCCGCCAGCUCUGACCGAAAUCAAGGAUUCCGUGUUUUUGUUGAAAGAUUUCCCGCCUUCGCCUGUCUCCGUCAGUAGUGAAUGGCAAAGCAAUAACACUGCAUCAACUACGCUAAGCAGCAAUGGUGAUAGGUUGCCAGUGUAAAUCUUAUCGGUAAAGAAUUAACUCAAGUACCUUAAAGUUUUUUUAUUUCAUCACUAAUGGAUUAAAAAUAACAUAUUACAGCAUCCUUAUCUAUGUAAAGUCAUACUAUGUUCCAUCAAGUUACCAACCGAAA